CAACACGAGCAGCAGCAGCAUUGGAUGCAGCAAAUGCCGCAGCAGCAACAUGCGACAGCAGCAAUUUUCAGCCGCAAGUGCAACAUCUGCCACAGUCGCCGCGUGAAUUUCCGUUAAUAAUGUUGUCAAAGCGUUCCGAUGCGUUGAUAAGCGCUUUCGUUUUGACGCUCUAUUAUGUGGGCGUGGCCGAUGGGAACGACGCAUCCGACUUUGUGACAAUGGGCGAUCUGCGGAGGAGCAGGCGUGGCCAGUCGCAUUUCUCGCGUCCCGGUGGCAUGAUAAUGGAGGGCAUUGGAUUCCAGUACAGCAUGCGAUAUCAGCCGGGAUUCCACCUCCACAAAUUGGCCCAGCAGCAGGCGGAGGAUGGGGGAAUGGGCGGUAUGGAAAAUCCAACUGAGACGGAAGCACCAAUGCCCAUGCCUACGCCCGGAACACCACCACCUGAACCAGCUCCACCCGAGCCGGAGGAACCAGAGCCCACGAUACCCAUGCGUCCGACGACCAUUCCAGUGGAGGAACCUUCACCACAACCACCCACCAUGAUGAUGCCCACUUCGAGUGGUUCGCCAGAGAUGCAGCCCAGUUCUAAGCCGAAGCCCACUGGGAAGCCCUCGAUGAGUCCGCCAGUGCCGACGCCACCAUCCAGUACCAAGAGCUCCAUAAUGCGGCCCCAUCAGACCCUGAAGAACAUCCUCUUCGGCUCGCCCAUCGAGGCGAAUCUCAUCCUGAAGAAACCCAAUGCACCGCGCUCGAAGGGCAAGGGCUUCCUCAGUCUGUUCGAGGUGAUCAAGUUCCCCAACACGAAGUGCAGCGUGUCCAUGGGCGACAUCCGGAGCAUGGAGGGCGUCUGCUACCACGAGUUCGAGUGCAAGAGUCUCGGUGGGAUUCCCACCGAGAGCUGUGCCGAGGGCGUGGGCGUCUGCUGUGUGUUCGUCAAUGGAUGUGGCGAUGUCACCAGCCAGCAGAUCCUCUACUUCGAGAGCCCCAACUAUCCAAAUGCUGUGCGCGAAAUGAUGAUCUGCGUCCUAAUCAUCAAUGUGAAGAAGGGAGUGCAGCAAUUGAGGCUGGAUUUUCAAAUGUUCGAGCUAAGUCGCCCCAGCAAUGGUGAUUGUGUAGACGAUCAAUUUAUAGUCUCCGGCCACAAUACCAAUUUCCAGAUACCCAUUCUGUGUGGCAUCAACACGGGCCAGCAUAUAUAUAUCCAUGUUGGUGACUCAAACGAGGGCAAAGUGUAUCUCUCGGUGUUUAUGAAGGUCUCGGGAGGAGGACGUUCCUUCAAUAUAAAAGUCACUCAGGUGGACGACAAUCUGGCUCCCAAUAAUUGUCUGCAAUAUUUCCCAGAAGCCGAAGGCGUAAUAAAGUCAUUCAACUAUGAUACGGAUGGCUCAAUUGUGGAUAACCGAGAGGCUACCUAUUUUAACAAUUUGAACUAUGCCAUAUGCCUGUCCCGAUUGAAAAACGUGUGCAGUGUGGCUUAUAAUACCGAACAACUUGGCGGUGAUCAACCCGACUUUCAAAUCAUCAACAAAGAUGAAGCCGAGAACGAUCUGAUCUCCGAUGGCCAGGCGGGAGCUGGCAUCUUCAACUGUCCGGACGACUUCAUAGCCAUCAACUCCGUUCCACUUUGCGGUGAGCGGUUCAACGAUGGCCGGGAGAGCGACGACUAUACCAUCCAUGCCACCGUCAGGGAUACCGCCGCCGGUCCCAUCAUCCUGCCCUUCCGAACCGAUGCCGAGUAUGUGGGUCGCGGCUUUCGCCUGCUCUACAGACAGGAACUGUGUGCCUGAGAUCCCGCUGCGAUGUGCAUGUCGAUCACUGGUUCACAAGAUGCAUAUGUUCCGACGUCUUUGGGUCUGACUUCAAUACUCCGUUGUUUUGGCUUAGAUGCACAGUGGGAAAGCUAUUUGUUUUUCAUUUCCUGUGAGAUAACUAAUAUGUUCUCCAUAGUUUUAAAAGCUAGUUAAUGGAGUGUUCUAAAGCACUUUUCAGAUUUUAUAUUUAUUGGAUUUAAUAUGUCUGUUUAUACCUAGAAAAGUCUAGCCUCAUUCAGAUUAAAGUGACUUGGCAAACAUUAAGGUGUCUCUAGUGAGAAAUAAAUUUUUUCUCAG